AUGUCAGUGCAAUUGGGCAAUUCAACACCUCACACUCUGCCAGAUACACCAUCAUCGUCAAAAUCAAAGAAACGCAAACAUGAGGGUAAGGACGAGCGAUCAUCUGACAAGAAGAAGCGAAAGCACGACCGGGCAACCCAGAGUACCGAUGCGACUGCGGCGCCUGCGCUAGAGGUCGAGGACUCACAUUCUAGUUCUAAGACGCCAAAGAAGAGGAAGGGAAAAGAGACUCCGUCUGCCGCAAAGGAUGAGGAAGCGUCCGCAGCUGUCGCAACUCACAAUGCGGCGGCAGCGGAAGCUGUUAACGAAGCUGAGGAUGCUGCCCGAACACCUCGCACCGAGAAACAGAAAAGGAAAUCCAAGAAGGACAAAUCGAUAUCUUUGGAAGAAACUCCGGUGAAAGACAGUACACACAACGCAACAGAAGAUGAGCCCGCUUCUGAGUUCGCUACACCCCAUCAGGAAGUCGAGUCGCAGUCUCGCUCAAACAAAAAGGACAAGAAGGAAAAGAAGAAAAAGAAAUCGAAGUCCAAAGACACGACGGAGCACACCAGCGAUGAGCCAUCAGUAGUCACCGCCAACGGCAUUGCUGCUGCGCCUGUUCUUGCGGGCGAUAAUAGCGACAUCGAACUUCUGGACGCCCCUCCCCUCUCCACAGCCACACCGGUCACCAGUACUGACAUCCCAUCCGACACCAUCACGGUCCUGGACCCCGAUCUCCUCUCCUCCAUAAAACCCUCGCCAUUCUACUCCACGCGCCUGUCCCUCCUCCUCUCCCUCCCCGCCAUCGCCCACUCUCCCAGCUCAGCGCUCUCCUCCUUGCUCGCAACGCACAUCACGCCCCUCCUCUUAAACUACUUCGCGCCCGCACGUGGCGUCGUUCUCGCCUUCUCCGAUCCCGUCCUCAGUGCCCGAGCCGGCGACGGGCUAGGCGCGCCACUCACCACGCCUUCAGCGACGAGCGCAGCGGUGCGAAACGUCCAUAACGCGUACGACGUCCUCGCAAAGACGGCAGACGAGUUUGGAGCCUCCUGGGCCUGGCUCACGGUCACACUGCUGGUAUUCUGCCCCGAGCACAACGACGAGCUCGCGGGCUGGGCCAAUGUGGUCAGCGAGGGUUUCGUGGGCGUCAUCGCAUACAAUUACUUCCAGGCCGGCAUCGGCAAGGCCAGGGUACCCAAGGGCUGGCAGUGGAUGGGCGCGACGGGCUCGCAGCAUCAACGCAAGAAAGCGAAGAAGGGACGCUUGGGCGACGGAGUCGUGCCGAGCCAGGACAAUGAUGCGGACGACCCUCCGGCCAGCAUGCAAUCUGGACCGGUCUAUGGCACGAGGACGGACGAUGAUGCAGGAUACUUUGUCGAUGAGAAGGGCGAGAAAGUACCCGACGUACUGAAGUUCCGCGUCGUGGACACGGACAUGGCGCCGGCGCACGAGGCAAGCGGCGGCAGCAGCUGGUCGUUGCAGAUCGACGGGACGUUACUCGAUGAAGAGGCAGAGCAACGGCUGUUGGAAGAGGAGAAGGACAAAUUUGAGCGGCAGCAGCAGAGCAGGGGGCGGUCACGGGCGGCGGCCGCAGGAGGUGAUGCGGUCAUGAUGAGUGGUGGGCUGGCGAGGAGUCGGCACGGCAGUGUCAUGUCUUCGAUUGCGGGGGGCCCUUGA